AUGUUGUGUACUGCUACUACAAGGUUAAGGUAUGCCUUCCACACAUUUCUGAGGCUCUUUUCUCAUUACCCGAAAGAAAAUGCAAAAAAAUUAUCCUUUAAUGGCAUUGAGGAUGCUGUUACCUUAUUCAAUCGCUUGAUUAAUAUACAACCACUUCCAUCUGUUGUACAAUUUAACAUGAUUUUAGGGUCUGUAGUGAAGAUGAAACAUUGCCCUACCGCUAUUUCUCUUUUGAAACAAAUGGCGUUGAAAGGAGUUACUCCUUCUAUAGUCACUUUGAGUAUUUGGAUCAAUUGUUACUGCCAUUUGGGUGAGAUGGGUUUUGCUUUUUCCAUACUCGGCAUAGUUUUCAAGAGGGGAUAUCGACCCAAUAACAUAACCUUGACGACCGUCAUGAAAGGGCUAUGUAUUAAAGGCGAUGUUAAGAAAGCAAUGGCCUUUCAAGACAAUGUGGCAGCAGAAGGAAUUUUGUUGGAUGAAGUUAGUUAUGGGACCUUGGUCAAUGGUUUGUGUAAAAUAGGACAUACAAUAGAUGCCUUUCAGUUGCUGCAAAAGAUGGAAGAACAAGCGGUUAAGCCUAACAUAGUAAUCUACAACAUAAUCAUUGAUAGUUUAUGCAAAGACGGACUUGUAACUGAGGCUCGGGAUUUAUAUUUGAAAAUUCUUGUCCUGGGAAUAAAUCCUGAUAUUUUAACUUACACUUCUCUAAUUCGUGGUUUUUGUAGUACAGCUCAAUGGGGAGAAGUUAAUCUAUUGAUGUGUGAAAUGGUUAAUAAAAACAUCGAGCCGAAUGUUUAUACCUUCAAUAUAUUAAUUGAUGCAAUUUGUAAAAAAGGAAAUAUGAUAGAAGCUCAAGGUAUGUUUAAUUUGAUGAUUGAAAGAGGUCAGCAACCCGACAUUGUUACAUUCAACACUUUGAUGAGUGGACAUUGCUUACACGGUAAUGUGCUCGAGGCAAGAAAAUUAUUUGAUACAGUUAUUGAAUGGGGAAUUCUACAUGAUGUUUGGAGUUAUAACAUCUUGAUUAUUGGGUAUUGCAAGUGUAAAUGGAUUGAUGAAGCUGUGAGUCUCUUCAAUGAAAUGCAUUGCAAAAACAUGGUUCCUAAUAUUGUAACUUACAGUUCUCUUAUCAAUGGUUUGUGCAAAUCUGGAAGAUUCUCUUACGCACGGGAACUUUUUAGUACAAUCAGCGAUGACGGUCCACUACCUAAUGUUAUCACUUACAAUAUCUUGAUAGAUGCUUUUUGCAAAAUCCAAGAUAUUGACACGGGAAUUGCCUUAUUUGAACUAAUGUUUAAAAGGGGAUUGACUCCUAACGUUUCGACUUAUAACAUCUUGAUUAAUGGGUAUUGUAAGAGUAAGAGGAUUGAUGAAGCCAUGAACCUCCUGAAUGAAAUGCAUAGCAAAAAUUUGGUUCCUGAUUCUGUAACUUAUAAUUCUCUUAUUAAUGGCUUGUGUAAAUCUGGGAGAAUCUCCUAUGCAUGGGAGCUUUUCAAAUUGAUGCAUGUUGGUGGACCACCGGUUGAUAUUGUUACCUACAAUACGUUGUUAGAUGCUUUUUGCAAAAUACAACAUGUAGCCUAG